GGUAAGGGUUAGCUAGUGUAAACCCCCGAGUGACCGACACUUCAGCUCUGGGAGGCGUCGCAAAUCAUAAACAGAUACCUCUCUCCCUAGUCAAUUUCGUCUGGAUUCCAAUUAUACAGCUGUAAGAGUUGGCCGAAAGGAAAUGGAAGCUGUACCCAGAACCACCUGGAAGAAAACUCUUCUAGUUCUGAACUGCAUACUACUAACUGUAGGCAACUGUGGCGGCCCUUUGAUCAUCCGCCUUUACUUCAUCCGUGGUGGCAAAAGAAUCUGGUUAUCAAGUUGGAUACAAACCGCCGGCUUCCCAAUUAUUCUCAUCCCUCUCUUUGUAUCCUAUAUGAACCGCCGCUGGCAGCGUCCCAUCAAUUGCACCACCGCCACUGACACCACCGAGCUUUUCUUGAUGAAAACUCGGGUGCUCAUCGCCUCGGCAAUUAUUGGUGUUAUAACAGGCCUCAGUAACUAUUUCUAUGGCUACGGCCUAGCUCGUCUCCCUGUUUCGACGUCUUCCCUUCUAGUUGCCACACAGUUGGCUUUCACUGCUGGCUUUGCUUUCCUUCUUGUUAAGCAGAAAUUCACGUCUUUUUCGACGAACGCUAUUGUUCUGUUGACGCUUGGGGCGGCGGUUUUGGCUCUUCAUACGAGUAGUGACAGACCGGAGGGCGAGUCGAGCAAGGAGUAUGUUUUAGGGUUUGUGUUCACGCUUGCGGGUGCAGCUUUGGGUGGGUUUAUUAUGCCAUCUUUAGAGUUGACGUACUUGAAGGCAAAACAGGCUGUUACAUAUAGGUUGGUUUUGGAGAUUCAAUUGGUUAUGUGUUUCUUUGCUACUGUAUUUUCCACAGUCGGGAUGAUCAUUAACAAGGACUUUCAGGCAAUCUCAAAGGAGGCAAAACAAUAUGAACUUGGGGAAACAAAAUAUUAUUUGGUGCUGGUUUGGGCUGCCAUUAUUCUGGAAGGUUUCUUUUUGGGCAUAGUAGGAGUAGUAUUUUAUGGUUCGUCACUACUAGCUGGAGUUAUAAUUACUGUAUCAAUCCCAAUAACAGAAUUAUUAGCAGUUAUUUUCUUCCACGAAAAGUUUCAAGCAGAAAAGGGUGUCGCUCUUUUCCUCUCUCUGUGGGGAUUUGUUUCCUACUUCUUUGGUGAGAUGAAACAAAGCAAAAAAAUCAUUCAUCGAACUGAAGAGACGGAGAUGGCUCGAGCUGGUGAUCCUUGAUUCACCAUAGCGUCAAGUGUCAAUUGAUAUAUUUAUAGUUUUAUUUUUGUAAAACAACACUUUUGAGUGCAUGUUUUGUAUAAUGUACUAGAUUGUAUUGGACGGUACAGUAGAUGUCCUCAACUAUUUAUCUUCCUAGUUUCUACUUCUUUUCUCUUUAACCUGGAUGAUUUCAAUAUUUAUCAUGAAGUUCCAUAAUUUGAUCA